AGGAAAUAUUGCUGUGCAAUACCCAUUAAUUAAGAUUGCUCUAUAUUAUUGGCUGGAUGUGGUAAUCAAAUUAAAGUAUUUGAAUUCAAUAAAGGAAUUAUCAAAAUAACUUAAAUUUUACGGAAACAUAAGGAUCGUGUAUUUACUUUAAACUUCAUGAAGAAAUCAUAUUAGUUUAUAUCUGGGAGUUGUGAUAAUUCUAUAAUAAUAUGGUAAUAAAAUCAAAACAAUUAAUGGAUUUCCUAAUAAAUAUUAAACGGACAUACCAGUUAUAUCUUUUGUCUAAUUUUAAAUAACAAUGAAGAUUUAAUUGUAUCAGGAAGUUGGGAUAAUACAAUAAAAUUUUGGGUGAAAAAGGGUUAAUGGUCCUGCUAUUAAACAAUUGAAGAUCAUACUAGUGAUGUUUAUGGUUUGAGUUUUAAUUAAUAAUAAAAUAGAAUUGUUUCUUGUGGUAGCGAUUAUUUAAUAUUAAUAAUGGAACAAGAAGGAGAGUAUAAAAAAUGGAUUAUAAUAUAAAAGAUCACAGUUGAAUAAUAUGGAUAUCGAGUAUGCUUUAUUGAUAAUAAUAUGUUUGCAUUAUCAUUAUGUGACAAAGAAUAGAUCUCUAUCUUUGAAAUGAACAGUAUAAAUCAAUAAUUUACAAAAACUACAGAUAUUAAUGUUAAAUGUGAAUCAGAUGGUAAUUGUUUAUUCCCUUCAUAAUAUAUAAUAUCAAAAUGUUUCCUUUUGAGUAAGAAUGGAUAAUGUGUAAAUGUUAUAAGGAAAAAAUUAAAUGGAGAGUUUGUAACUGAAUAAUCCAUUAAUUAUAAUACACCUUCAUUAUUUGGAGUAAUGAAUGAUGAUGGAGAGUAUUUGAUCACUUGGGAUGCCAACUCAAAAUAAAUACAAAUCAGAAGAUAUCAAGAAUAUUGA